ACGUCGUCAUAGUCAUGUGAGCGGCGCUCGGCUGCCAACUUCGCCGUCAAAACGCGGAAACUCAAUUCUCAGUUUCACAUCCGUGUUGGCUGUGUGGAUCAAGAGCCGUCUCUACGAAGGGACUGCCUGCUGCUGCUGCCGCCGGGGUGGGACGCAUCCUCUCUGUGUGCGCGUGUGUGGUUGUCUUUGUUGCUGAUAUUCACCGUGUGUGUGUGUGGGGAGUGUUAAAGAGGCUUGGAACUGAAGAUGCCCGGCUGGUGGUGCAGCAGCAUCCUGGCCCUGCUCGCUUGCUGCUUCCUCUUCCACGUGGGGAGCGCGGCGUUCUCAGGCGGCCGGCAUGCAUGGAUCACUCGGCAACGAAUGCACACCCAUCGCCAGCUGCAGCUGCGCCAGCACUUCUGGCAGACGGUGAAGACGGAGCUCACCAUGCCCAACUCCAUCCUCUCCGCAAUCCCCCAGGAGAGGUUCCUCCAACAGCCGCUCGAUCACUUUGACCGCCGCACCAAAGAGACGUACAAGCAGCGUUACUGGGUGAACAACAUGAAUUGGAAGAAACCUGAUGGUCCUGUGUUCCUUUUCAUUGGAGGAGAGGGUGCCCUGUCCGAAUACGAUGUGCUCGCGGGCGAGCACGUGGAGCUGUCCGCCAAGUACGGCGCGCUGGUGGCGGCCGUGGAGCACCGCUUCUACGGGGAGAGCAUCAACCCCGACGGCUUGAAGAUGGAGAACUUGCAGUACCUCUCCAGCCAGCAGGCACUGGCUGACCUGGCCUCCUUCCAUGCUUACCUGGUGGACACUUACAACCUGACUCGGAAUAACACCUGGAUCUGCUUUGGGGGCUCCUACCCAGGAUCCCUGUCCGCCUGGUUCCGACUCAAGUUUCCACAUUUGGUGUUUGCGGCCGUGGCGUCGUCGGCUCCCGUGCGUGCCCAGCUCGACUUCCAGGGCUACAACAAGGUCGUCGCUGCGAGCUUGGCAGACAAAGUCGUGGGAGGCUCCGACAAGUGCUUGUCCCGAGUCCGCGAAGCAUUCGCGACCGUUGAUGCGAAGCUGACCGGAAAAGAGUUAUCGGGCCUGGAGCGAGAUUUCAAGUCGUGCGUACCGUUCGCCGGCCCUGACGAUCUCGCGCUCUUCGCCAGCAACCUGGCCGACAUCUUCAUGUCCGUGGUUCAGUACAAUCGCGAGAUGCCCAACUCUGACAUCCGGGCCCUGUGUGCCGCGAUGAUCGACACGGGCAAGAGUGCCUACCAACAGCUCGUCGCCCUCAAUGAGAACUACUUGAGCAUCGAGCAGCGGAAUUGCUCCGACAAUACUUACGCCAACUUCAUCGCCGACUUGUCGAACACGACCGCGACCCGGGUCGGCGUGGGCAUGCGCCAGUGGACCUAUCAGACCUGCACCGAGUUUGGCUACUACCAGACGUGCGUGAGCGAGCGCGACUGCCCCUUCCUGCAGCUGAUGACACUGAGCUGGAACCUGGAUCUGUGCGGCCGCGUCUUCGGCGUGGACCCCGCCUCCGUCGCCAGCGCCGUGCGCUUCACCAACGAGUACUAUGGCGCCGACCACCCCCGCGGCAGCCGCAUCCUCUUCGUCAAUGGUGACAUCGACCCCUGGCACGCUCUGAGCGUCCUGCGGAACGAGACCCGUUCGGAAGUGGCAAUCUUCAUCAACGGCACGGCGCACUGCGCCAACAUGAGUCCCACCUCUCCCAGUGAUCCUCCGUCCCUCACGAACGCCCGGCUGAAAAUUGACGAGCAGGUGGGCGAUUGGCUGCAUCAGGCGAAGCGUCGCCAACUCCUCUGACUCGGAGCCCCGAGUCCGUGUUGAGGUUUGGGUUUACGAGUCGCCUUCCACCGUCCCCCACGUGGAGUCUGUCCCCACCUUAUGCUCGCACAGCGUUCUUGUAAGGGAGAAGCCAUCGAGAUUUUCCCCGGGUUGAUUUUGCGAUUUUUCUCACUGCAAUCGUGCGUUGUGAUGACGUUUUGUAAAUACCUCGUGAAUUUGUUUUUGCUUUUUUUUGUAAUUGACACCUUCUGAUUGCUGUGGUAUGCUUUGGUAUUGUCUGCUUUAUCGUCAAGUCUGUGUGCACUACUGCGAUUUUAAACGGCGCUAAGAAUAAAUAAAAGAUUGAUAUUUUUCAAAAA